AUGGAUUUUCUGAUUUUAUCCCAGCUGAAUCUGCAUCAAGAUGACGCCGCUGUUCGCGUGAGGAUCCUGCGAUUGUGGAAAACAAUGAACCCAGAUGGCAUUGGGAUUCACCAACUCCACAUGUUAUUUCUAGACAACGAGGGGACGGAGAUGCAGGGAUUAGUUGGUACAGUUCAUGUUCCAGUGUUUCUGCCCAUUCUUCGGGAGGGAAGGAUCUACGUACUGCGCAAGUUUGUGGUUCGUGGGUAUCAUGGUUACUAUAGGGUUUCACCUCCUACUCUCAGAAUCUGCUUCCAAGAGGAUACAAUGGUUCAAGAAGCCGCAAAUGCUCCUGACAUACCAAUCUACAGCUUCCGUUUUUUGGCAGCUGCGGAUCUUCCUCAAGUCGUCCACAACCAUGCUUAUCUGUCUGUUGGACAGGUUGUAGCUGCUGGACCGGAAGAAGCUCUAUUCCAAGAUGUUGAUCUUUUAAGGAGAAAGGCUGUUCACCUCCGAUUCAUUGAUAUAGAAAAUGUCCCAUUGGCCAUUGACUAUACCUUGGAAGAAGCCCUAGGGAUGAGUACCAUCUGCUCCAUUCCAGAACUGAACAUCUAUAAGACUGACAUCAAUAACCAGGGUACUUCAUAUAUUGUUGAUGCCCAAGUGAAGGAUGUCAAUGUCUCCUGGUCUGCCGUGAAGCUGAAGUUUGAGGUGCGGAUGAAAGUUGGUAAUGGAGGUGAUGAAGCUGUUGUUCUGUUUGUGACAAGCAAGCUUCGUUGGAUUGCAAGUCGUAUUAUCGAGGCAACAGACAAAGAAUGGACCAACAAUUUCAGGAUUCUCUUAGCUUGGCUGAGGGGAAAAUCAUUUAAGCUUAUGAUCCAACUGUUGGAUUUUAACUUUGGCACAGCCGAAUGUGAUUUGGUCCUUCGCAAGCUUUUCUGGUAG